AUGGAUGUUGACUCGGAACCACUCAGUUCACAAGACAACGUCGAAGAUCCCAUGAUGACUAGUGUGGAAGAAAAUGUUAACUGCACUUGUGAUUGUGGUGGCAACAGUAGUAAGUGUGUGACUGUGACGGCCGAUGAUAUUAUAAACCAGACUUUUGAAACAUCAGAUGCAGCUUAUAACUUGUAUGUACGUUAUGCGAGGUGUCUCGGGUUUGGAGUUCGCAAGGGUGAUACAGCACGUGGAAAAGAUGGAACACAGCGUAGAAGGAGGUUUUUUUGCAGCAAGGAAGGAAAGAGAGCCGAGAAAUACAUAUCUAGUUUGAGUAGGAAGCGGGAGCAUAGAGCGCUGACUCGCACUGGUUGUGAAGCCAUGCUUGCGGUGUAUCUUGACACUAAAACUUCGACUUGGAGGGUUAAAAAAUUAGUCGAGAAGCACAACCACGAUCUUGUCCCACAAUGCUUGGUACACCUAAUUCCAAACCACCGAGGGUUGACUGAGCCACAAAAAGCUCAGGCGAAUACCAUGCAUGAUCAUGGUCUUCCAACCUCUAAAAUAAUGGGACUAAUGGUAGGCCAAGCCGGUGGUUAUGCCAAUGUCGGGUUCACAAAGAAGGACCUAGAUAAUCACUUUCAAAGAGCUCGUCGUGCAAUGCUCAUUGGUGGGGAUUCCAAUGCGACGAUUAGCUAUCUACUUUGGAAAGCAGAUGUCGAUCCGAUGGCCAUGACAAGGUCCGAUUAUCAGUGCUUUGGAGAUGUGCUUGCAUUCGAUACAACCUACCGGAAGAAUAAGUACAGAAGGCCCUUGGUAAUCUUCUCAGGUUGUAACCAUCACCGCCAAACAUGUAUAUUUGGUUUUGCCUUGGUAGAGGACGAACGGACUGCAACAUAUACGUGGUUGUUGCAAAACUUUCUAGAAGUCAUGCUGAACAAGUCUCCUAGUGUUGUGGUCACAGACGGUGAUGAAGCAAUGAAGGCAGCAAUUCGAGAAAUCUUCCCGGAUGCAACUCACCGAUUAUGUGGUUGGCACAUUCAGAAGAAUGUAACGGCAAACAUAAAAAACAAAAAUUUUUCCAACGACUUCAGAAGAUGUUUGUAUGCUCCAUGGCAUCCGGAAGAAUUUGAAGAAUAUUGGGAGAAUAUGAUAAAAAAAUAUGGGUUGGAGGAAAAUGAAUGGGUUCUGAGUGAAUAUGAGAAGAGGAAAAGUUGGGCAAGCGCUUACUUGAGGGAUAAAUUCUGUGCUGGAUUUAGAACAACAUCAAGGUGUGAGGCGAUAAACAACUUCAUUAAGAGGUUUAUUGGCAUUCGCCAAAGUCUUCUAGAGUUGGUCCAAAAUCUUGAACAUGCUCUUAGGGACUAUAGAAACAAUGAAUUAGUUUCUCAAUUUAAGACGCUGUAUGGGGAGCCCGUUCUAACUACUGGGCUAGAAGUGUUGGAGCUUUCUGCUGCCAAUUUUUACACUAGGGAGAUUCUUGGAGAAGUAAAAAAGGAGAUUCAAGGAGUAGUCGCAUUAGAUGUAAUAAAUGAGGAAAACAUAUCAACCACUGUUGUGUUAAAAGUUAAGGAGUGUGACAGGAGACAACAUACUUAUAACGUACUUUACGAUCGCAAUACUGAGCAUAUGGAGUGUGAAUGUAGUCGGUGGAGUAGUGAAGGCAUUCCUUGCAGGCACAUGUUUUGUGCAAUGAAAAGGGUAGGUUUACAGAAGUUGCCAGAUAGUCUUCUUUUGAGAAGAUGGUCGAAGGAUGCCAAGAAGUAUAUGGAUGAAAGUUCUGCUGGAGGCACUACGCAAGACAGAGAAAGAGAAUUUUUAAUGCGCUAUGGCGCAUUGUCAGUGGCAGCUACGUGGAUGGUAUUCUUAGGAGCUCAAGAUAGUCCUUCUUUCCAUGACACUAUGAAUGAAGUUUGUCGUUGGACCCAAACACUAGAACAAAAAUCUGACUUGAAAAGACAAACAACAGAUUCUACCACGCCAAACUUUGUUGGUGACCCUUCAGUGGUCAAGACAAAAGGAGCACCCAAGGGGAAAAAGGAGAGGGGUAAACGGAGGUGCACUAAAUGCAACAGUGCUGGUCAUGUAAAGAAUAAAUGUCCUGUGAGGAAUGACGGUGACGAUUUGGGGGAUAAGACUGGUAAUGGCGCGCAAGCUAGCUUUGGUACCAAGGAGAAGCUUCCCAAGGACCCUAUGGCUUCUCAAGAGACAUUAGCAGUGCCAAAUACAGAAAUAAAUGUACCUGUGCAGCAAGAGUCUGGGCUAGGUGAUUCAGGAUUGAUUAAUGGCCAUGAGAAUCCCAUCCCACCGUAUGGAAGUCAUCAGUGGCUAUUACAGAACAGGUUGUACAACAAGGACAUUAUUCGAAGUUCAAUGGGAUGCAGUAGCAUGGUCUCUUGUACAGUUGCAAAAUCUACGACUAAAAUAGUCUAUGCUAUACCACUGCAGUCAUCUGUGUGCUUGAAGCAGCACGCUUUUGACCUCCUUGAGCUGCUCCUGUUGCAAGCAUUUCCAGAACUAGAUGAUGUAUUCAAGAAAGUGCAUGAAGAAAAGCAUAGAUUUGGGGAAUUCAUAUCACUAAAGUGA